AACCCCGUAUUUGGGUAGCAGUUAGGCGGAUUUUAUUGUGGAAACCUGGCAACCCUGAGUCUGCCGUCGUGUCGCGUGAGCACCGAAGAUGGCGGCUAGCAGCGCGGCGUCGAUGUGUCAGUUCUGGAAGCGCUUUAAUUUGCAGCAGCUGCAGAGAGAGCUAGACAGCACCGCCACACUGCUGGCCAGCCGGCAGGAUGACAGCGAGCAGUCCAGGAAAAAACUCAUCGACCAGAGCCGCGAGUUUAAGAAGAACACGCCAGAGGAUCUGAGGAAGCUUGUGGCUCCGCUGCUGAAGAGUUUGCAGGCUGAGAUUGAUGCAUUGAGUAAGAGGAGUAAAGAGUCAGAGACGGCCUUUCUAAACGUCUAUAAACGACUGAUUGAUGUGCCGGAUCCGGUGCCGGCGUUGGAGUUGUCGCAGCAGCUGCAUCUGAAGGUCCAGAGGAUGCACGACAUAGACACGGAGAACCAGAAGCUGCGUGAGACGCUCGAGGAGUACAACAAAGAGUUUGCUGAGGUCAAGAACCAGGAGGUGACCAUUAAAACACUAAAGGAGAAGAUCAGAGAGUAUGAGCAGAGCAUGAAGAACCAGGCAGAGAAUCUGGCCCUGGAGAAACAGCAACAGAUUCAUAAAAGCUAUGAGGAGAAAGAAAGGAAGUUCCAGGAGUCGCACGAGUCUUUGGUUGGUAAACUACAGGAAGCUGAACUCAAAGCCCAGAGUCUGCAGACAGCACUUGAACGAACUCAGACGGAGCUUUUUGACCUGAAAACCAAAUAUGAUGAAGAGUCGACUGCAAAAGCUGAUGAGACUGACAUGGUGAUGACCGAUCUGGAGCGAGCCAAUCAGAGAGCAGAAGCUGCUGAGAGGGAGGUUGAAGCUCUGAGAGAGCAGCUCACAUCAGCUAACAUAUCAUCCCCACCGCAGACACGGAUCGACUCGACUCCAUACACGGAUGAGAGUGCGGAGCUGGUGCUGCACUCGAGUCUGGAGGCGGAGCUCAGUGCAAAGGAGCGUGAGAUGCUCCAGCUGGUGGAGGACGUCCAGAGACUGCAGGCCAGCCUCUCCACGCUCCGAGAGAGCUCAGCCGCACAGAUCAGCCAGCUUCAGCAGCAGCUCCAGAGCCAGACCGCCACGCUCAAGCAACUGGAGGAGAAGCUGCAGACACAGACAGACUAUGAGGAGGUGAAGAAAGAGUUCAGCAUCCUGAAGUCGAUGGAGUUUGGGCCGUGUGACAGCUCCACAGCGCAGGACUCAUCUAAACCGUUAGAGGUGUUGCUGCUGGAGAAGAACCGCAGCCUGCAGUCUGAGAGCGCGUCUCUGCGCAUCGCUAACACCGAGCUCAGCAGCCGUUAUGCGUCUCUACAGCUGGAGUUCUCUGCAGCAGUGAAGACCAGCGCUGAACAGAAAGAGCUCAUCCUCAAACUGGAGCAGGAUCUCAGCACCAUCCAGACUAUGUCACGGCCCGACGCUGAGGGUGCAGACAGCAGUGUGGUGAUCAUCCCUGAGCCCAUUAAAGAGGCCACUGCUCUGUUCUCAGGUGUGGGCGGCUCUCCUCAGACGGAUCUUCCUCAGGGUCAGAUGGACUCUUUGCUGUCCAUCAUCUCCAGUCAGAGGGAGAGAUAUCGCUUGCGUAACCAGGAGCUGGAGGCCGCGAACAGCUCCUUACAGCAGACCUUACAGGCUCUUCAGAGCGAGCUGGACAGUCUGCGGGCCGACAACAUCAAGCUCUACGAGAAGAUCAAGUUUCUGCAGGGCUACCCAAACAGAGCCGGAGACAGUGAUGAUACAGUGAUGCGUUACUCAUCUCAGUACGAGGAGAGACUCGAUCCCUUUGCUUCCUUCAGCAAAAAGGAGCGUCAAAGGAGAUAUCAGAGCCUCAGCCCGUGGGACAAGGCCACGCUCAGUCUGGGUCGUGUGAUCCUCUCCAAUAAGACGGCCAGAACUGUGGCGUUCUUCUACACGCUGAUCCUGCACUGCCUCGUCUUCCUGGUGCUGUAUAAAGCCGCCUGGAGUGAGAGUAUCGGUCGGGACUGUGCUGCAUUUUGUGCAAAGAAAUACUCAGACCACCUGCACCGUUUCCACGAGGAUGGAGACACGUGGCAGUAGCGGCUUCUAUCCACUAGAGAGAGCUGUUCACAUCAACCACAUAUUUAUGACAUGAAAAUCAUAGCUUGUCUUUAAUUACUGGUACUAGGACCAGGUUAGUUAAAUAUUAAAUAUUAAACUGACAUGAGGUUUAACGGUUUGAUGCUGUUAAUUUACAUGACGAGAUGUUCUGCAGGUCAUGCGUUGGGCAUUUUCUCUCUGUUACCAUCUAUUUGACUUGAAAUCAAUCCUCUCUAACAUCUGUAGCACCUACCCGAUGGUGAUCUGUUGCUCUUGCAUACAUGAUUAUAACGCUUUACAGAGAAAUCAGUGGUAAUGGUUUAUUUAACUUUGUGGCAGAUACAGCAUCUGACACGAUAUUUAUAUCCCUUCUUUUUGUAUAUUCAACUAUUGGGACUUUAGGUGUAGUCUCUUGAAAUUAAAUUUAAGCUUUCAUGGAAUGUGUGUUUUCUUUAUUAUGAGAUUAAUCUAUUAAUAAAACUAAUAAAAUCAAAUUAAUAAAACGUUUGGGGGUUGGUAAGAUUUUAAUGUUUUUGAAAGGAGACUUUUGCUCAUCAAGGCUGCAUUUAUUUGAUCAAAAAUACAGUAAAAAAAUAAAAUAUUACAAUUUGAAAUAACAGUUUUCUAUGUGAAUCUCUAUUAAACUGUAAUUUAUUUCUGUGAUGCGCAGCUGUAUUUUCAGCAUCAUUACUGCAGUCUUCAGUGUCACAUGAUCUUCAGAAAUCAUUCUAAUAUGCUGAUUUGCUGCUCAACAAACAUUUCUGAUUAUUAUCAAUGUUGAAAACAGUUGUGCUGCACAACAUUUUUGUGGAAACUGAUGCAUUUUAUUUUUCAGGAUUCACAGAUGAAUAGAAAGUUCAAAAGAACAGCAUUUAUUUGAAACUGAAAUCUACUGUAACAUUGUAAAUGUCUUUACUGUCACUUUUGAUCAAUUUAAUGCAUCCUUAAUGAAUAAAAGUGUUGUUUUCUUUCCAAAAAAAAAAAAAAAAACAUACCGACUCCAAACCUUUGAACAGUACUGUGCAUGAACCAAUAAUUGGAGAUAUUUCCACAUUUUCUUUACUGAUUCAGAGGAACAUCUGUGGAGUGGCUUUAAAUAUAAUGUGUGAAAUGGCAUGGACUCCUGCACACUGAAGGUGGCAUCCGCUGAAUCUAAUUAUUAAUAAAUGAAGGGCUUGCUGUGGACUGCUGGUGGCAGAAGUCCUGAGAAAAUGCUCGAGCACUGGGCUUCUGCUCACGGGUUCGUCUUUUUCAUCGUGGAAGCAGAUGUUAAAGGCUCAUUUUGUAAUGAAUAAUUAGUGAGACGGAAAACAGUCUCCUCCAUCAGUCUGCAGACAUCCAGCGGGGUGUUGUGCGCUUGAAUAAUUCAUCUAACGGCUCUUAAUGAGUCCAGACCCUCAGCAGUUCAUUCGGCUGUACAUCAGCUUUCCCAGGAGCAGCUGGAUCUGAACAUGAGGUGUUUUUAACGCAGCCUGGGUUAUUGGUCGGAUGCUUUUUGUGCUUCAAGUUGGAUUUAUUGUGUUAUUUGAGAGAGACAUGACAGUAAUGGCUUUCAAUGAGAUUCAGAAAGUACUUCUUUAGUGAAGCUGCGGCUCCUCGUUUCAUUUGACCCACGUGACCUCUGCUUCUGCGUUUCCCAGCAUGCUGCAUCAUCACCUCGGGCUGCCUGAUUUCCUGUGGCAUCGUCUGUCGGAGGUCUCAGCCCAUGUGACCGGACCCGGCCAAUCAGAGAGUGUCCGAUGCAGUGAUGCGAGAGACUGAUCUUCACUGCAGCUGCAGAUUAUCUGUCACUGAAGCUGCUUGUGAGUUUAAUCUGAGCUGCAUACGGUGACUCCCUGAACCUGCAGCACGUUUGAUGUGAAAUCUAUUAGACUGAGAGAGUCAAUGAUAACGAUGACUGUAUUCAUGAACCGUGGUAUGUACCUGCUACUUCAGCGGAUCCAAAAAACAUGGUAUUAAUGAGCACAAACUCCAGUGCAUGAUGUAGUGCUGAUGCUGAGCUCAAAACUCCCGAAUCAUAGCUUUGAUCCUACAUGUCUCGUUUAGACACGCGUGUAUGGUGUUCAGUGCUGGGAAGGUUACUUUGGAAAUGUAAUAGGUUACAGAUUACAAGUUACCCUGUUUAAAAUGUAAUAAGUAGUGUCACUAUUUUCAAUUGUUAAUCAUUUUGAAACAUGUAAAGCAGGCAGGGUACAGUAGAACUCAGCACAGAUUACUGUCACUUUCGAAAUCCAUCAUCACUUGAAAUAAGAUUAUAAUCAUUUAAUUUUUAAAGCACAGCCACCACAAAAUCAGACUUACUUUGAGAUCAUUCUGAGGUUAAAUACAGAUUUAAAACCAUAACAAGAAAUGGUUUAGUAAAUAGUUCAUGAUACUGUUUUGAAAUCAAAUCUUUGCAUAGUUAUAAAUAAAGUAUAUACAUAAACCAAACAGGAAAUAAAAUAAGCAUGUGUCCU